AUGGUUUUUGGUGAUGAGGCUGAUAUUGAGUUAAGAGGCGAACCAAAAGGGAUCCAGUUGGUAUUGACUGAAUGUGGAUUAUGGCCAGCAGAGAAAAUUAGACUUGUCUGUGAUCAGUGUUCUGGUAAAACUAGAUUAUCCAAAUGGUAUGUUCCUUACGAAGAUGAGGAAAAAAAUAAGAUAAAAGGCGAAGUCCAUAGACUCGUAGCGCCUAGAGAUCAAAAGCAUCAAUCGAAUUUUGUAGAGUUUCAAAAUUAUAAAAUUAUAUAUCGCAGAUAUGCUGGCUUGUUUUUUUGUGUAUGUGUAGACGCAAAUGAUAACGAACUAUCAUAUUUAGAAGCGAUUCAUUUUUUUGUUGAAGUUUUAGAUACUUUUUUUGGGAAUGUUUGUGAAUUAGACUUAGUUUUUAAUUUUUAUAAGGUCUAUGCAAUUCUUGACGAAGUUUUCUUGACAGGUGAAAUUGAGGAAACAAGUAAAAAUAUUGUAUUAACAAGAUUAGAUCAUUUGGAUAAAUUAGAAUAA